UUUUAUAUAAAACAAAAGAACAUAAUUUUUAAACGGUUAAGUAAAGUAACUCACCUCUUUCCUCGUUUUCCUGUACUUUCAGUAUUACACCAAAAUUCCUAAAAUUAUAAUUGACCUCGAAAAAUCGACGGCAAUAUCACAUUUUCCAAAAGCUUUGCAAUUUAACCCAAAGUUCAAUAUUAUUAGAUGAAAGCAAAUUCCUCAUAAAAGCCGACUUAGGACUAACAUAACAUUUCAAUAUUUCGCGAAGGUUUAGUUAUUUGUAUCAGCGACUCUCUUUUGUGAUACUUCGUAAAAGGUAAAAAUGGGAAGAGAGAUUAUAACGAUUCAAGCCGGACAAUGUGGCAAUCAAAUCGGUUCUCAGUUUUGGCAGCAACUAUGCCUUGAACAUGGUAUUAGCCCCGAUGGUACAUUAGAAAACUACGCUACGGAUGGCGUGGAUCGUAAAGAUGUCUUCUUCUACCAGUCAGAUGACAAUAGAUAUAUUCCAAGAGCGCUUUUAAUUGACCUCGAGCCAAGGGUGGUGUCCAACAUCCUCGGUGAUACAUAUGGAAAUCUUUACAACCCAGAAAAUAUUUUGGUUACAAAAAAUGGCGGCGGUGCUGGAAAUAAUUGGGCCCAUGGAUAUUCUUAUGCGGAUCGGAUAUUUGAAGAUAUAAUGGACAUGAUUGACCGUGAAGCUGACGGAAGCGAUUCUUUAGAAGGGUUUUCUCUUUUACAUUCUAUUGCUGGUGGUACAGGUUCAGGGUUGGGCUCCUAUCUGUUGGAACGGUUAAACGACAGGUUUCCGAAAAAAAUAGUUCAGACCUAUUCCGUAUUUCCUAAUAAUCAGUCGGUGUCCGAUGUCGUUGUUCAGCCAUAUAACAGUCUCCUUGCACUUAAGAGGUUAACGCUAAAUGCUGAUGCUGUUGUUGUUUUGGACAACGCCGCGCUGGCGCAUAUUGCUGCCGACCGUCUCCAUAUCCAAAACCCAACAUUUCAUCAACAAAAUCAAUUGGUAUCUACUGUGAUGUCUGCAAGUACCAAUACUCUUCGAUAUCCUGGCUAUAUGAACAAUGAUUUAGUCAGUAUAAUCGCUUCUCUGAUUCCAACUCCUCGUUGUCAUUUCCUUUCUACAUCAUAUACCCCAUUUACGAACCAACAAGUGGAGGAAGCUAAGACUAUUCGGAAAACGACUGUUUUGGAAGUCAUGAGAAGAUUGCUUCAACCAAAAAAUCGCAUGGUCUCUGUCAAUCCUAGUAAACAAAGUUGCUUUAUUAGCCUGUUGAAUAUCAUUCAAGGAGAAGCUGACCCCACUGAUGUACAUAAAUCUCUUCUCCGUAUUCGUGAGAGAAAGCUUGCGACUUUCAUACCGUGGGGACCCGCAAGUAUCCAAGUCGCACUUUCCAAAAAAUCUCCUUAUAUCAAAACAAAUCAUCGUGUUAGUGGACUUAUGCUUGCAAACCAUACGAGCAUCGCGUCGCUAUUUAAGAGGACACUUGACCAAUACGAUCGUUUGCGGAAACGAAAUGCAUUCCUCGACCAAUACAAAAAGGAGUCAAUCUUUGAGGAUAAUUUGGACGAAUUUGAUUCUUCAAGAGAGGUUGUAUCCAAUUUAAUUCAAGAAUAUGAGGCUUGUGAGAACCCUAAUUAUCUAUCGAUGUGAUGAUGUGUCGCUACUCCAAUGUUUUAAAGGAAAUAAAAACGUAGGGCCAAUAUAAACGAUAUCUAGCGUAAGAUACUCAAUCGAUAUACAAAAUCUAAUAUACUUUAUUUAUACACAGAUAUUCGUUACACUAGCCUAUGAAGCAAAGCAUUCUUUCGUCUUUCCAAUAAAAUCUUUUCUACCUCUUCGCGAGAUGGAACAUGCUCAAUAAGAAUGGGUUUCCAAUUCUCCAAAGAAUUGGGUCUUUCUUUUGAUAUACGAUCCAACCGUUGAUUAGAUAAUUCUUUCUCAUAGUCUUGUAGUGAGGAUUCUUCUUCCAAAGGUGUAUAGCCGUAGUACCAAGCAUCAAGCUGUCGUUGUUGCAUCUCUUGUUUCCGUAAGCGUUCAGGUACAAAAGUCAUAUCAGCUUCAAAUAGUUCUUUUACACCAGGUAAUUCUCUAGCACGUCCAUAAUAGCGGUAGUCAUCAACUUCGCCAAUUUUUUCACCAUCAUCUGCAAAGAGUUUUGCUUUGCUAUAUAAAUAAUUGAUUCCGCCGAGGUCAUGAAUCUGAACCUCCCAAGCAUGCUUUUCACGCAUUAGUUGAUUAAUAGCAUCGUUCAAAUCUCGAAUUUGAUAAUCCGGUAAUUGAGCUUAUCCAUUCGUUAAUUUCAAUAAAAUUCAAUUCAUUCCUUGCAAUAUAAUACUUACCACUCUGGAUCUUGGUAAUUUUUCUGGAAAGGUCUUUAACAACACUUUGUCGGUGUUUUUCACAGGUUGCUACUGAAUUUAUGCUCUUUAUAUUCCUCGGCCUCUUUUCAACAUGCUUUCCUCCGACUACGUACUAGUGAAUUAAUCGUUAGCCGACAGACACAAAACAUUGAUGCAUUGACUCCCUUACCUGAUUUGAAGACAUAUUCACUGUUUUACAAAACCAGCACCUCACACGAUCGCAGAAUUUGACUUAAUCUACAAGAGAUAUAGGUAAAAACAACAAUAUAAUAUAGCUAGUUAAUUAUGCUAAGCAUAUGCAAGUCCGAAUUUCUCCUAAUUUCGUAAGGACGUAGUUUCUUUCAAUUUUUUUAUUUUCACACAAUACAAGUUUUUAUUUGAUAUCUUCAAUUAAAACGAGAGAAAAGUAAAUAAAGACAGAGUUUUCCAACGGAGAAAUUUACAUAGCUUCUUUCCUACUUACUAAAUCCUGGUGGUUACAUUUGGAACGCUCAAACACGCAAUUUCACUUAAUGAAACACGUAGAAGCAUGGUUUUAUCACUUAAGCAGUUGUAAUGAUGGUUUAACAAUCAUUUAGCGGCUAGGAAGGAAACGAUAUUAAACUGCACGGUUUGCGAGGGAAUCAGAACUCUGUGAAUAAACACAGAAAUUGAAAGGGAAAAAAGGAUUUUAUUUAUUGUUUCUUUUAAA